ACUGCACCGACUCUUCAACUACUUCUUUAAAGUGAAAGUACAAUCUACCAUUCCCACCAGUUAUCAAUAUUUGUUUGCUUCACAUGUCUAUACAGAGAACUUCGCAAGCCUCCAUGAGUAGUAUGCGUCAUAUGUCGCCGUGGUCCGACGAAGAGAUACCCCAGGAGCAAGAAGAAGAGGAUGAUAGCGAUGUCGACGCUGAUGAUGAAGACAGUCUUCAGCAGACUGGCAUAACCGGUGUGACUUUGCCACUUGUCGGGAAUCUACAAACUGUGCUAGGGCGUGAUCGGAUUUUCCUCUCUUUGAUACAGGAAUUUUGCGAGUAAGCUCCUGGAGCAUCAUGUUGACACACGCCCACAGCGAUUGAUAUGCAGUGAUCAUGUCAAGUCCCUGAGGAUGUUAACGAAAGAAGACUGGGAAAAUAUCAGGGAGGACACAAACAAGCAGUUGAAUCCGACGUCCCCUCAUCGAUUCAAGACGGGCGAAACUGCACGUAGGCGAUGGUACUAUUUGAAGGAGACCCAUGAUGUGAUUAAUCAAGUGAAGGCACAUUCUGGGACAGUGUGGGACAGGAAGAACUGUGCCGUGAGCGCUCCAGACCAUAUGUGGGAAACCUGGAUUGCCGCCAAUGCGAAUGUUCAUCGGAUUAGGAACAGGUCAUUCCCAUUAUAUGCCCUUGUUGAUCGGCUUGCUGCCGACCUACAUCCCGACGGACGAGCUGUUCACAACCUCCACCAGCCGCCCCAGCCAUCCACCCGAUCCAACCAGCACUCUUCCUCCUCGCCUUUCCGGCCACAUGACGGAGUCAGUGACCACUUUGAGGAGCUUGACGAUCUCAGCUCUUCUGCAUCGACUGAGGAACAGGGGAGCCGCGAGGUGCACCCCUCCUUUGCCACACUUGCACGGGAAAGCCGCCGUGGAAGGCAAAGUGCCAAAGCCUUCAAAGAGGCUUGUGAAGCUGUCAAGGAGAUGGCCAGAUGCAGCUCUCACUCCUCUUCGUACUUCACUCAGCUCGCUUUAAAAAGAGUGGUUGAAUAUCUCAACACGCGCGACGAUUUAUCUUCAAUGCAGAAAGCUGCGCUUUUACGAAACUGUGUUGAGAACGAUGGGACAAGGGAUAGUGUGGUGUUGGCAGCGGAAAACCCUGAAAUCCCCUGGUUGAGGGGGGUGGUGGAUGAUAUUCUGAACGAACUGUUUUAAUGCAUGUCCAUGAUUAUUGU